CAGUUCCCCUUUCUGCUUUGACACCAGUGAUCCAUUGAUGCUAUAAGUACAGAACAGAUGCUGAGCUUCACAAUUCCUCAAAUCAAACUAGUGGAACAUCUCAGGUUACCAAAGCAGGAGCCAGCACGGUCGACUUCGUCCGCCCGGAGGAGGAAAAGAAGACGGGCUUCCGUCUCCCAGCCAACGUCAGCCACGGUCAGUGAGCCCAAGCCCACGCAUGCCACUGUGAGCAAGCCAGAACCCACGCAGGUCACUGUGAGCGAGCCUGAGUCCUCGUCAGCCACGGCGAGCGAGCCUGAGCCCUCGACCGUCCCUGAGCCAGCGCCUGUAGCCUCGACCGUCCCUGAGCCAGCGCCUGUAGCCUCGACCGUCCCUGAGCCAGCGGCAGUGGUCUCAACCGUCCCAGCGCCAGCAACCAUGACCGUCCAAGAGCCAGCGCCAGUAGCCAUGACCGUCCAAGAGCCAGCGCCAGUAGCCAUGACCGUCCAAGAGUCAGCGCCAGUGGUCGUGCCUGUCCAAGAGUCAGCUCUUCCCGAGCCUCCUAGGGCUCCGCCUCUCCAGUCUCGAGUCUUCCAGGGCUCCUCCUCUCGAGCCUCCCAGGGCUCCGUCUCCCAAGUCUCUCGAGUCUUCCAGGGCUCCGCCUCCCGAGCUUUCCAGAGCUCCGCCUUCCGAGCCUCCCGAGCUUUCCAGGGCUCCGCCUUCCGAGCUUUCCAGGGCUCCGCCUCUCGAGCCUUCCAGGGCUCUGCCUCUCGAGCCUUCCAGGGCUCUUCUUCCCGAGCCUUCCACGGCUCUUCUUCCCGAGCCUUCCACGGCUCCUCCUCCCGAGCCUCCUAGGGCUCCGCCUCUCAAGCAUCUCGAGCCUUCCAGGGCUCCGCCUCUCAAGCAUCCCGAGCCUCCUACGGCUCUGCUCCCAGAGACUCCAGAGCUUUCUAGGGCUCCGCCUCUCGAGCCUCCUACGGCUCCGCCUCCAGAGCCUCCUACGGCUCUGCUCCCAGAGCCUCCUACGGCCCCGCCUGCCGAGCCUCCUACGGCUCCGCCUCCCGAGCCUCCUAUGGAUCUGCGCCCAGAGACUCCAGAGCCUUCUAGGGCUCCGCCUCUAGUGCAUCCUACGGCUCUGCCUUCCGAGCCUUCCUCAGCUCCGCCACCAGAGCCUCCCUCGACUCCGCCACCAGAGCCUCCCUCGACUCCGCCACCAGAGCCUCCCAUGGCUCUGCCUCUUGAGCCUCCCACGGCUCUGCCUCUUGAGCCUCCCACUGCUCCGCCCCCUAAUCCUCCAGAGCUUUCCACGGUUCCGCCUUCCUUGGCUCCGUCUCCUGAGCCUUCCUCAGCUUCGUCUCUUGAGCCUUCCAGGUCUCCGCCCCUAAAGCCUCCUACGGCGCCCCCUUCCUCAGCUCCAUCUCCUGAGCCUUCCAGGCCUCCGCCUCUAGAGCUGCCUACGGUGCCACCGCCCUCGGCUCCACCUCCUGAGCCAUCCUCGGCUCCGCCUCCUAGGCCUCCUCGGCUCCGUCUCCUGAGCCCUCCUCAGCUCCGUCUCCUGAGCCUUCCUCAGCUCCGUCCCCAGAGCCUUCCAGGUCUCCGCCUCCUAGGCCUUCCUCGGCUCCCCCUCCUGAGCCUUCCUCAGCACCGUCUCCUCAGCUUCCAGAGCCUCCCUCAGCUCCGCCUCCUGAGCCUCCCUCAUCUUCGUCCCCAGAGCCCCUCUCAGCUCCGCCUCCGGGACCUGUCCCUGUCCGAUGGCCUCCUCCCAGGCCCCCUGAACCGGCCCCUGCUCUACGGCCAUCUCCCAGACCACCAAGACAUGUCCCUGUCCUGUGGCCACCUCCCAGGUCCCCUGAACCGGCCCUUGCCAAGUGGUCAGCCCCAGGGUCAUCUAAACCGGCCUCUGUCCUGUGGCCACCUCCCAGGCCCCCCGAACCGGUCCCUUUUCCUUGUCUGCCCCUUGUUGCCCCCUGGACUGCCUGUCUGCCCCUCGUUGCUCCUGGUCUGCUUGCCUGCCCCUUGUGCCCCCAUGGACUGCCUUUGUGCCCCCGUGGACUGUCUCAUUGCCCCUUUUGCUCCCGUGGACUGCCUAUUUGCCCCUAUUGCCUCCUUGGACUUCCUGAUUGCCCCUUGUGCCCCCUUUGGUCUGUCUGUUUGCCCCUGGUGCCCUCACUUUGUUUCUUGUGGGUUUUUGUCAUUUAUUUUUUAGGAUCGUCUGGAAUCCGAUCCUUUGAGGGGGGGUUCUGUCAUGUUCACUGUUGUCUUUUGUUUUGUGCUUUUAUGUUGAAGUUUAGUUUAGCUCCUGUUUCCGGUUUUGGUUUUUGUAGUCCUUUGUAGUUUCUUUUAUUACCUUGUCUUGUUUCACUGUUGCCCUUUGUUUUUCAGUUUUGUCACUUUUGUAUUCCUUAGUUUUCACUUUUGUCCCUUUUGCACUUCCAUAGUUUUCUUGUCAGCGCUCGUGUGCUCUGUUCAUUGUUUUCACCUGCCCUCGUUAGUUGGCUUUGGGUUUUAGUUUAUCACCUUGUUAUCUUGUUUGAGUUCUGUUUGUUCAUUGGUUCCCGUCUCCCUGUUCAUGUAUUUAAACCCUGUCUGUUUGUUCAGUCUCUGUCGGUUGUUGUUUGUUCAUGAGUGUUUGUGUAUGGAUCGGUUCAUGUUUGCUGUUCUUGCCCGCGGAUGUUGGUUUCGUGUUCGUCCGAGGUUCCCCUUCCCCUUCCCCUUCCCCUUCCCCUUC